AAAAUCAAUCGAACUCAUGAAUCAAUGAAGAAGUGGGCAUUUCGUUUCAACCCUAAUAUCCAAAAUUUACAGUCACCCGGAUCAAUGGCGGAACCGCCAGCCACCACCCUUAACGACCUAACAAACGAUCUCCUCAUCCACAUCCUCUCGUUUCUGCCGCUCCUUUCCGCCAUUGAAACUAUCCCGCAAGUGGCGGAAUCUGUGGCAUUCCCUUCCUUCCCUCAGAUUCGAUAUCACAAGAUUCAAACCUGCUUCAUCUUACUCUUCCAUUUAUGAAUAUCAGCAAAGCUUUGUCGAAUUCAUCACCCAAGCCCUUCUCAAAAGCCCAACCACCAUCCCACUUCGUGAUUUCUACUUGAGUCUUUAUUACUCCUCCAAUCAUCGCCACCGAUCACUGGUUUCAUCGUUCAUCCGUUACGCCCUAGACCGCAACGUUGAUGACUUGAGCAUCUUAUUCUCCGGUGAAGAGGGCCACGAGACUGAGGAGAAACUACUCAAUGAUUUUCAUUUUUGUGAUCUGAGGAACACAUCUGUUAAGUGUUUGUUAUUAUGCGCCUGUGAAGUUAUUAUGCCUUCUAAGACUCUAACUCGUUUUGUUUAAGGUAAGCAUUUGGUUAGAAUAUACCUAUAUGUAGUAUCCCUACUUUUAAAAGCAUAUAAACUUUUCAGUUGUGAAAAAUAUCGUUUUGCUGGUUGCUAUCUCUCUGAAAAAAAGCGGGGGAAAAUGAAGAGGGAGGAUAUAAUAUACUUGUUGUUUGGCCAGAGCUUUUAGCACAUCUCUGCCAUUGCCUAUUGGUUCUUGGAAUGUUGCGUUAGUAGCGAGUUUAGGGCCAGGGGAUACUCCUGGCAUUGAGUCACUGCAUUUGGUCAACAUGAUUGUAAGUUAUGGGCUGCUGUUUAGACAUCUGUUCCACAUGUUUCUUUCUUGUUUCAGUAUUCAACCAUUUCAUAUGUGACUUUACGGUUUUAGUCCCUUAAGUAUCUAACAGAUAAUUUUAGCACCAACAGUUCCCCAUUCACAUAUGAUACUGAAACAUCCUUUCAAGCAUUUUAUACCGCACUCAAAG